AUGUCUUUGAAACGUAAACGUUUGUCUAUUAAAGAGAAAUUAAAUAUUGUCGCGGAAAGUGAAAAAUAUAACAGCAGUGCUCGAAAGUUGGCGGAAAAGUUUGGUGUUGGAAGAACGCAAGUGAACGACAUUUUAAAAAACAAAGUGGAAUUAAAAAAAAUGUUUGAAGAAGAAGGAUGCAAUGCAGAUAAAAAACGAAAGUUUCCUAAAACAGAAGGAUUUGCAAUCGAUCAACUAGUUUACGAAUGGUUUUGUAAGGCAAGGAACAAAAACAUACCCAUAUCGGGAACCUUAAUUCGGGAAAAAGCUCUUGAGGUAUCUACAUCCUUGAAACUUAGUGAAUUUAAGGCUUCAACUGGCUGGUUAAAUAAGUUUUGCAAGAGACAUAAUAUUAACUUCAAAACAAUUUGUGGUGAGUCUGCAGAUGUGGAUGAAGUGACUGUUGAAGACUGGAAAACAAAAUUAACAGCAAUCAUUAAGGAAUACGACACUAAAGACAUUUUUAAUGCAGACGAAACAGGGCUUUAUUAUAUGGCAAUGCCAAACAAAACCUUUGCUUUAAAGAAUGAUAAAUGUGCUGGCAAAAAAUCAGCUAAACAACGAGUGACACUGCUUUUCUGUUGCAGCAUGCAUGGUGAGAAGGAAAAUCCGCUAGUUAUAGAAACGAUGGAAAAGGCUAAAGAGAGCAUAAAUUUGGCAAGUACUAUGGUGUGGAUAAGUACAGCAUGGAAAAAUGUUACAUCGAACACUAUAAAAAAAUGUUUCCAAAAAGCGGGAUUUGCAACCGUCAAAGGGGACGAUGCAUUUGACGAAGAGGACGACAUUCCUUUAAGUCAGUUAUCUUCAAUUUUAAAAAACAUGCCAGGAAGUCCAGAUCUUAAAGAAUAUCUGACAGUCGAUUCAGAUGUCCCUACGGAAAAUCCUAGUUUAGAGAUGCAGGGAAUAAUCCAGGAAUUUACAAACAACAAGGACAGACAGGACUCCACUCAAGCCGAAGAGGAAGAAGAUGAAGGCCAAGACAUUCUGUGUUCAUCUAUAAAUAAUAUGAGUGAAGUAUGUGAAAAAUUAAGAGACAUUCAGAAUUUUUUGGUGAUUCAAAACAAAGACGAACUAGCGGUUGAUAUUGCCCAUACUUUGAUGAAAUUUGAAAGUGAAAUUACAAAAAUCAAAAUUAAAAAUUUAAAGCAGACUACCAUUAAUCAGUUUUUCACCAUAUAA